UAGGUAAUUUGGCCACUUUUCGAUUUCGAUUUGCUGCCAAAAGCACAAUUCUAUUUUAAACUAACAGUUAUAAUAAGAACACUACUCUACGAGCAGUGUUAUUUGCGUGCUUUUAACAUCGGACAUAUUUUACGGUUCUUCAACUGCAAAAUAUUAAUUUCGACCUUAAUUACGUAAUUCAUUCAUAAAACGAUCCACAGUUGUUACGAAAACCGAAAUGUUCUUGCUCUUCAGACACCGAUUCACGCGACGUAUAUCAACGCCUAUCUAAGGACGUAUAUAAAUAUCCGCAUGCAAUAAUGCUGCUUCAUAAACUCGUUAUCAAGUCCAGUGGUCUUCGUGCGUCUUUAUCUUUCCGAAGUUGAAUCUUAGAAUUAGAUCUUUCAAUUAAAAUAUUUUAGAAUAGAUUUAUGAAUAUUUUUCAUAACAAUACGAAAUUGAAAUCGUAAAAAAGUAACGAGAGAAGAACGUCUGCUUUGAACAAUGCGUUGCAAGAUGUUUUUCUGAAACCGAUCUUCUAUUUGCGUUAUUUACGUGGAAAAUUUUCCGGUCGUCAAAACAAAAUUUCUAGAUUCGCUCCAACAAAACGGGCAAAUGAGUGCCGUGUUAAAACGAUACACUUCGCCCGAUAUAAAAGAAGAGGAAACAAACAUUGCACAUUCUAUUUCGACAAAGUGCUUUCACGAUCGAGAUGGAACCGCGUGAGACGGAAGAGUUGCUCAAGGCCCACUUGCGGGAGAACGAUCUCCAGCGAGAUGAACCUUCGUGGACCCAUCGGUCGCUCUCCUCUGGGAGGUCGCGGCAUGUUCGCCGCGCGAGAUAUCGCGGUCGGCGAGCUGAUCUUCACGGACGCCCCGCUGCUGAUAGGGCCGCGAUGCUACAGAAAAUAUCUGCCGAUGUGCGCGGUCUGCUACAAAGACAAUUGUCCUCUGUUUCCCUGCGAUCGCGGCUGCGGCCUGCCGAUCUGCUCGGCGGAAUGCGAGAACUCCGCGGCGCACGUGCAGGCCGAGUGCCGGCUCUUGAAAGAAUGGGCACCGACGUGCGGUUCCGCCUGGUCCAAGGACCUGUUACUCGCGAUGGUACCGAUACGCGGUCUUACAUUGUCAAAGCGGCAGCGCAAACUCUUAUACGUUUUCGAGUGGCACUCGAACCAUAUUCGAAGUAACGAGAUCGAGUUGCUCAAAAGAAACGUGAGUAAUCUUCCGAGCGAGGAGCAGAUGGAAGUCAUGAGACGCAUUUGCGGGGUCUUUAACACGAAUUCGUUCGAAGUCGUCGUUCUCAAGGACGAGGAUCACAUCGUGAGCCUGCGUGGCCUUUAUCCGACGGGCGCGUUGCAGAAUCACUGCUGCGUGCCGAACACCAGGCACCACUUCGACGAUCAGCAGCGACUGCACGUGAGCGCCGCGCUGCCCAUCGCCGUCGGCGAGGAGAUCACCAUGUCCUAUACCGAUCUGCUGUGGGAUACGUCGAGCAGGAGGCAGUUUCUCAAGGCUACUAAACACUUCUUCUGCGACUGCAACAGAUGCUCCGAUCCCACGGAAUUUGGAUCCCGGCUUGGAGCGCUUUUCUGUGCGAGAGACGAUUGUUCGGGACACCUGUUGCCUCACAGUCCUCUCAGUCGCGAGUCCUCUUGGAUCUGCGACAAGUGCCGGACCAGCGUGAAUCGCAGACAGAUUGAAUGCAUUCAUUCGGGAUUAAAUGCUCUUGUAUUCGACGCUAUGUAUAAGAGUCCGCGAGAAAUUUUAAAAUUUGUAGAAACGGUGUUAUCGAAAUUGGUACCCGCUGCUAAUCACGUCAUGAUGGAUGUUAAAUAUCGUAUAAUCUCGUAUUUUGGCAGAAUUCCCGAUCUUAAAUGGAAAGAUCUCACCAAUGUAGAACUUAGAAUUAAGAAAACAUAUUGUAACGAUAUACUUUCUGUUUUGGACACUUUGAAUUCUGGAGAUUCGAUUAAAAAAGGUCUCGUUUUAUAUGAACUAUAUCGUACAAAUCUUGAAUUGUAUAAACGCCAGAUGUCGAAGAAUAACAAAGAAGGGACACAUAUAAAAGAUGACGAUAAUGAGCACUUAUUAUGGAAAGCAAUGAGUAUAUUACAGAACGAUGUUGGCGCGGCCUGUGUUCGCAGAAGUGAUUAACACAAACUGACAUCGCUGAGAAAAAUCACAUUUAUUACAUUAUUCGACGUUUCUGGAUGGAUGUACGUAAUAUGUGUGCAUAAAUAUAUUAUAACAAUAAUAAAGAGACACAUUAUUCUGUAUUAUAA